AGGGUCGAGGAAGCAAGAGUUCAGAGUUGGAAAGGGGACAGCAGAUUUGGGUUUGUCUCCGUCUUUCCUUAAAAAGGGGAAAAAAAAUUCAAUUUUUUCUUAUUUUUAAAAAGAAAAGGCGAGAAAAAAGGCGCUCCUUUAACCGAUCUGAGAGAGAAAGAGCAGAGCAGCGAAGCCAAAGAGUGAAGCAAAGCAGAAACCGAACCGGACACGACUGCUCAGCUCUUUGACAUUAGAUUGAGAUGAUUUGGGUGUGAAUGUUGAAGAAUCAAGAUGGACGGUUUUUUUUUUUUUUUCUGUACCCAACAUCUUAUUUUGAUGUUAUUUUUGUUGUCAAAAGCAGGGCUUUGGUUGGCUACAUGUGGGAUAGUAUGCUUUGGGAGAAUAGUGUAGUUUAGCUUCUGAGAGAUAUUUUGGUUUAAAGUUGGAGGCUUGAUGAAUAACAAUAACCUACCAAAGAAUUUUGGGGCUCAAUCCCAGUUUGGGAAUUCUGGGGCUGUGCCAAAGUUGCAAUCGACAACGAUGAGCAAUCAACCUCAAGCGCAAGGUGGGCCUCAGUUUCCGGGCCAUUUUCAAUUGUCUGAGCCUCAAGCACAGGUGCUUGCACAGGCACAGUACGUGCAGGCUCAUGCUCAAGCACAAGCUCAGGCUGCCCAUUCCCAAUUCCAAGCUCAGGUGCAAUCGCAAAAUGUUAGUAAUAAUAAUGCCACUGCCAUCUCUUCCCCUGCAGUUUCCUCCCCUGUCUCGGGAAGUACCAAGCGGUCUUCUCAGAAGCCAUCUUCUAAAAAUUCUGGUUCAUCUAAUAGCAAUAUGGCUUCUCUGUUUAAAACAAUGGAGUUAACCCCAGCUGCUCUUAGAAAAAAACGGAAGCUUCCUGAGAGACAAAUUCCUGAUAAGGUGGCUGCAAUCUUACCAGAAUGUGCUCUAUAUACUCAGUUGCUUGAGUUUGAGGCUAAGGUGGAUGCUGCUUUGUCAAGAAAGAAGAUCGACAUUCAAGAGUCACUUAAAAACCCUCCCUGUGUUCAGAAGACACUUAGACUGUAUGUUUUAAAUACUUAUGCCAAUCAGGGACAAACAGAUCCUGACAAGACGAGUACAGAGACUCCAUCAUGGUCACUUAAGAUUAUUGGUAGGAUAUUGGAAGAUGGGAAAGAUCCUGUUCUGGCUGGAAAGGUGCAGAAAUCAUACCCAAAAUUCUCAUCUUUCUUUAAGAAAAUUACAAUAUACUUGGACGCAAGUCUCUAUCCAGAUAACCAUGUGAUUUUGUGGGAGAGUGCUAGAUCACCUGCCCUUCAUGAGGGCUUUGAGGUGAAGAGGAAAGGAGACAAGGAAUCUACUGUGAGAAUACGACUAGAAAUGAAUUAUAUGCCUGAAAGAUUCAAACUUUCACCUGUUCUAGCAGAAGUCCUGGGAAUUGAAGUAGAUACACGCCCAAGAAUCUUGGCUGCAAUUUGGCAUUAUGUGAAGUCAAAGAAGUUACAGAAUUAUGAGGACAAUUCCUUCUUUGCAUGUGAUCCACCACUGCAGAAGGUAUUUGGGGAAGAAAAAAUGAAAUUCAUUAUGGUUUCACAUAAGAUAACACAGCAUUUAACUCCUCUACAGCCUAUACAUUUGGAGCAUAGGAUCAAGCUUUCAGGGAACUGCCCUGUUGGAUCUACUUGUUAUGAUGUCCUGGUUGAUGUGCCCUUUCCGUUAGAAAGGGAAAAGUCUUCUUUCCUGGCAGACAUGGAAAAGAACAAAGAUAUUGAUGCUUGUGAUGAAGUAAUUUCUGCUGCCAUAAAGAAGAUACAUGAGCAUUGUCGGAGACGAGCUUUCUUCCUCGGUUUCAGCCAGUCUCCUGCAGAGUUUAUUAAUUCUUUAGUUGCUUCCCAAAGCAAGGAUCUGAAGCUUUUUGCUGGAGAUGCUAACCGUAAUGCUGAAAAGGAGCGGCGAUCUGAAUUCUAUAACCAACCAUGGCUUUUUGCUUUUUCCCUAUUUUCUGGAUCUUUUAGGAUUGAAGAUGCUGUAAUACGUUACCUGAAUCGCAAGUCUAUGGGAGGGGAUUCUCUUGGAAGCACUUAGCAGGGUUCUGUUGAAUUAUUGAUUGUUCAUAUAAAUUUCUAGGCUUCUAACUUUUGGCUUGCAUCUUAUUGCUUGUUGGUUGAGGGAACAUCAGAUGCCACAGACACAGAAAACAUUCCAAGUGGCACUUUGGAUAGAAAAUUUCCUCUUCAAGUUGUCUGAAUUCAGCAUGGCAUUUAUCAGCUCCAUCAACCAACACAUUUGCUUCUUUUGUUGUAUUGCCUAAGUGCAAAAUGCUUAGGUAGUUAGCCCUUCCAUUAUUUCCAAGUUGUCCCAAUCAUCUCCAAAUUGAUUUUAUAUGGAGUUUGAUUUCUAGAAUAUUUAUUUUCGAUUCUGCUAUCAAGGGUUUGUGAUUGAUUCUAAUUAAAGGACUCAGCAGCUGUAAUGUAAGUCGAUUUGCUUUCUAUUUUCUUAGGUGUAUAAUAGCUGAACGCAAUUUGUAUCCUUUUACUAGUUAAUAGUUCAUCUUUAUAUGGGAAAAAGAGAAUUUAUUCCCUGUUAUUUUU